UCCCUGCGGCUAGCCGACGGGCCACUCCAGCCCACUGCCAUCGCAGAUGACCGCUAUAGCGUCAUCUCAGAGCAGCUGGACCCCGUGGGUCACCGUACCCUCUACAAAAGCCAAGGCAACGGUGGCUUCACCCGGUCCUACACCUUCGAGAGGCAGAUGAGCGCCGGCUCCACCGCCAAGCACAGCUCCCGCGCGCCCUCCGUGCGCAGCCUGGCCGAAUCCAGCCACCACCUCCAGGACCAGCGCGCCAUGGAGAUGUACAAUGGGCACAGCACGCUGCUCAGCCACCAGUCGGGGGGGUUUGAUGACAUUGGCCUGCCCUCUGCAGUGAAAUACUUGAUAGCCAGCGACCCCAACCUGCAGGUCCUGGGCGCUGCCUACCUCCAGCACAAAUGCUACAGCGACAGCAACGCCAAGAAGCAGGCCCGCAGCCUCCAGGCCAUGCCCAAGCUGGUGAAGCUGUUCAACAGCCCCAACCAGGAGGUGCAGCGCCAUGCCACGGGCGCCAUGCGCAACCUCAUCUACGACAACGCCGAGAACAAGCUGGCGCUGGUGGAGGAGAACGGCAUCUACGAGCUCAUGCGGACGCUGCGGGAGCCCGACGACGAGCUCCGCAAGAAUGUCACAGGGAUCCUGUGGAAUCUCUCCUCCAGUGACAACCUGAAGGAUCGCCUGGCCCGGGACACACUGGAGCAGCUCACAGACCUGGUCCUGGUCCCCCUCUCUGGGCUGGGGGGCUCCGGUGUCAUCCAGCAGAACCCCUCGGAAGCAGAGAUCUUCUACAACUCCACGGGCUUCCUCAGGAAUCUCAGCUCUGCCAGCCAGCAGACUCGGCAGAAGAUGCGCGAGUGCCACGGGCUGGUGGACUCCAUGAUCCACUAUGUGAACAGCUCCCUGGAAGUGGGCAAGUCAGAGGACAAGAGCGUGGAGAACGCCGUCUGCGUCCUGCGCAACCUCUCCUACCGCCUGUACGAUGAAAUGCCCCCGUCCUCCCUCCAGCGCCUGGAAGGCCACAGGAGGAACAACAGCAGCACGGUGACGGGCGAGCUGGUGGGCUGCUUCAGCCCCCAGAGCAAGAAAGCACGAGAGCACUACCUGAAUGCAGACAUUGUCACCUUCACGGAGGUCUCCAAAGACCCCAAGGGCAUGGAGUGGCUCUGGAACCCACAGAUCGUGGGCAUCUACAACCGGCUGCUGCAGCGCUGCGAGCUCAACAAGCACACGACGGAGGCGGCCUCGGGCGCCCUGCAGAAUAUCACUGCCGGGGACCGCAGGUGGGCGGGCGUGCUGAGCCGGCUGGCCCUGGAGCAGGAGCGCAUCCUGAACCCUGUGCUGGACCGCGUCCGCACCGCCGACCACCAUCAGCUGCGCUCCCUGACGGGGCUCAUCCGCAACCUGUCCCGCCAUGCCCGCAACAAGGACGAGAUGUCGACCAAGGUGGUCAGCCACUUGAUCGAGAAGCUGCCGGGGAGCGUCGGUGACAAGGCGCCGCCCGCCGACGUCAUCGUGAACAUCAUCGCGGUCCUCAACAACCUGGUGGUGGAGAGCCCCAUGGCUGCCCGUGACAUCGUUUACUUUGAUGGCCUCAGGAAGCUUUUCUACAUCAAGAAGAGAAGGGACAGCUCGGACAACGAGAAGUCCUCCAGAGCAGCAGCCAGCCUCCUGGGCAACAUGUGGCAAUACACCAAGCUCCACCGGGACUUCAAGAUGAAGGGGUACCGGAAGGAGGACUUCCUCGGCCUGUGA